CCACCACACUACAACUCGACACCGAGAAAAGCGCAGCAAAGCAACGCAAAGCCCACGCCGCUACAGUGCUACAGCGAGCGAGCCUCUUGCCUGCCGCUACGAGCCAACGACUCGAACGCAUACACUCCAAUGGCAGCGACGGUGAUGGCCUCCAUGAGCCCCCUCGCCUCCGCCACCCCCGGCGCGCGUCGCGCUUUCCCUGUACGGCUGCUGCUCCAGGCAUCUGCGCUCGCGCCGCGCCGGCGCGCCUUGGCCGUGACCGUGAGGGCCCAGAGCGACGACGCCGAGGCCGAGCCAAAGGAGGCGGCGGCGGCGGCCACCACCCCGGCGCCAAAGUCCAAGGCGGCGGCGGCGGCGAGCCCCGGGCUGUGGGACGCGCUGGCGUUCAGCGGCCCGGCUCCCGAGCGCAUCAACGGCCGGCUCGCCAUGGUGGGCUUCGUGUCGGCGCUCGCCGUCGAGGCGUCCCGCGGCGGGGGCCUCCUCUCGCAGGCCGGCAGCGGGUCCGGGCUCGCCUGGUUCGCGGCCACGGCUGCCGUGCUGUCCGUGGCCUCGCUGGUGCCGCUGCUCAGGGGCGACAGCGCCGAGGCCAGGAGCGGCGCCGUCAUGAGCGCCAACGCCGAGCUCUGGAACGGCCGCUUCGCCAUGCUCGGCCUCGUCGCGCUCGCCUUCACUGAGUACCUCACCGGCGCACCGUUCAUCAACGCGUAGAGGCGGUUCAGUCCAAGCCAGUGCUUAUAUAUUUUGGAAGUUGGAACUGUGUAUGCUAGUCAGCUAUAGCGGCACCAUGCCCGUAGUAGGAGCCUAGCUACAGUUGGACGAGCUACUUUUUAUUGGGAUUUACUAGUCUUGGGCCAUUUACUUCUCUUCUUAUUAAAGUCCACUCAUAAAUCAGAAAUCCAAUUUUAUCUGA